AUGUCAACAUCACCUUCCCUUUUUAGCCAAUAUCUCAAUGCCAUCAAAAACAAAAUUAAGAAAGGAACUGUGUUUAUCGGUCUUCCUGGCGCGUGUGGUUUCGAAUACCACUGUCGUUCUAUCCUCGGAGAAAUCGGUGAACAAUGCACGUUGGUCAAUUUGGAAUAUUUCCCAUGGCAAUUCACCGUGGUAACGUUCGGUGUCCAAGUGGAUAUCAAGUUCACUCUAAAAUCUGUUCUGGCUUCUACCGUGUUCGGAACAUCGCCGCCAAGACGCGGACCGUUGUCUACUUUACAGUUGCUAGUCGGGGGUGAAGUAGGACUUCGUUCGUCCACAAGUUUCGUUUCAGUAAUGCUGUCUCCUUUCAAUUAUUUGUUGCCCGGCCUUCUGCACGGCAAAUGGAAAGAUUGGGAUGGGAAGCCUUUAGAAGAAGAACCGGGACUCUUCGCUGACGUCAACGACAAGACCGCUGAUUUACUGCAGGCCAUCGCAGGGGAGUGUCUGAAAAUCACCGAAGCCAUCCACAAAGAAAAACCAGAAGCAAAACUUGGUGACUGCAAGUCUUUGACGGACUGGUUAGCCGAAUACAAAGACUCUAUCAGCGACAGUUCGACUCUGCUGACGAUGCUAAAAACGAACAGCAUGCUGGGAGAUGUGAAACAUCCAAUGAAAAAGAAGGAAAGAAAGACAAAAGUAGAAUACACCCCGGAAUUUGAAGAAACCUUACUAGAAUUCUUGUCAUAUUCUUUGAUUGUAAUCCGAGGAAUCGCCGAGAUAUUGGUGGUGCCAACACCCAAACUCGAUGAGUUGAUCCUCUGGUGCCAGGGUAAAACGAAAAAGGUGUUUCUCAAAGACGGUAAGCUCAUGCCAGAAAAAUCUAUCAAGGACACCAGCUGCCCGCAAAAGUUUGAUGUUAAAACGCUUAACGGUCUUUUACUUAUCAAGGAACUACCACCAGAUCCCGUUAUACCAGAUCUUUCUGAUAUACUUGGAGCGGCAGAGAAAAAAGAAUCCACAGAAACAUCCAAUUCUACGGAAAAGCCUGAUUCAAAAGAAAAGCCUGAUUCGAAAGAAAAGCCUGAUUCGAAAGAAAAGCCUGAUUCGAAAGAAAAGCCUGAUUCGAAAGAAAAAUCUGCCAAGACAGAGGCGGGGAAAACAAAGAAAUAG